AUGCAACAUUGUGAAAUCAUGGUAGCUAUUAUUUAUAUAGCUUAAUAAUAAUUUAGUUAAAAAUAGAAAUCAAUAUAAAAUUCAUAUGAAAUGAUUUUUGGAAAAGAUUGUGCCUUUGGAUAUGAUAUAUUUAUAAUGAUUAAAAUAAUUGUUUGUUAUCAUUAGUAAAUCUUACUAAAUCAGUAUCAUUCUGGAAUUUAAUUCUAUAAUUGAAAUCUUUCAAAUUUUGAACUUUGUAUAUAAAAUAGAGUAUUAAUAUAAAAGUAAAACAUAAACAAAGACCAUAUUCUUCUUAUAGAUCAAAAUUAAAUUUUUUAAAUUUAGUACUUAUUUAACAACAUACAUUUCUUGUUUUAAUACUUUUUGUAGUUAGAUAUAAAUAUUACAUACAAAAAGUAAUAAAAUAAUAAAUUUGUUCAAUGUAGAACAAGAAAUUAUUUUUUUUUAGAAAUUUUUUUUAGUAUUUAAUGUACUUAUACACAAUGUAUAUAUUUUUUUUUUAUCAAUCUAGAGAUAAAAAAGAUAUGUAGUAAUAUGAAUAUUAACUAUGUACAUAUACAAGCAUUAUUGGAAAACAGCAAUAUUUUCAAGUAUUAAAACAAUAUUUAUAGUACUUAAUAUAAGAAACAUAAAGUGUUUAAGUUUUACUUUUACUUUACUUAAAUUUAUACCAUAACUAUGAAUACAAAUUUUAAAUUUAAUGUAUAAAAUGGUCUUUUUAAAAUUACCAUUCAGUUUGAUAAUUUACAAUGAAAUCUAUUGUUACUUUAAUUAACAUUUUAUUCAUCACUUCGUAAAACAUAAAUUUUUUUAUUAAAUUUAAUCACUUUUAUAUGUAUAUAAUGCAGAUGAUUAGGUUCAAUAAUAAUUUAUCAUUGUAAGUAGAGAUUUUUAUUCAAUAGUAACAGAAAAUGUAUAUAUGAGUAAUUUAAAAAGGCCAAAUGCUAAUAUGUGUAUCUCAUUUUAACUUGAAUAUAAAGAAUAAAGAAAAACUAAGUGGCCUUAUACUUAGAUCAUUCCAAAUGUUUUUCAUAAAAAUGCAAGACUUGUGUAUGUAUUCUGUUUAUUUUACUAUAUGUUUAGAGUGUUAAAGUUUUUGAAUUUUAAUCCCAGUUUUAUAAAUGUUAUUUGUUAUCUAAUUGAACACUAGAUAUUAAAAUGUACUUUACAAAUUUUAAAUAUAAGAACUUUUAAAAUUAUAAAACAUAUUUAUAUACAUGUAAAAUAUUUUAUAUAUAUAUAUUUGUGCCUCCGUUGUUUUAUCUAUGAAUAUAAAAAUUGAAUUGUGAUGAAUUAUAUUUCAUUCUAUUAAUAUUAUUAUACUAUUAAUACUACCUAUAUGAUAGCAUAUAUUUCUUUGAUGACAGCUUAUUAAAUAAAAUAUUUUAUUAUAUAACUACAUACAUUUUAUUGAUCACCAUUUAUACUAUUUUACAUUUUGUUUUUUAUCAGUUACUAUAGUAUAUAAAUAAAAACAAUCAAAUAAAUAAUACAAUUUACUUUAUACAUUGUAUUUUUAAAAGAAUUUUAUAUUCAAUCAGUUAUGUUAACAGUAACAAUAAUUAAUACAUAAACUAAUUUUUUUAGUAAAAAGAAAAAAAUAAAUAUGUCUUAUGUAGAACAUGGACCUCGAAUUUUUUUAGCUAGCAAACGUAACUCAGGAACGCCUUUGAUAUAUGGUGAUUACGUUUUACCGAAGAAACGUUUGGAAGGUCGAUUAAAAUUACAUGAUUCUUGUUCAGAUAUCAGAGCUUGGAGUCCAAAUUCUUUAGAGAAUUCGCGUUAUUUUCGUGAACUUAAUGAACAUGAUUCAUCAAUAGGAAAAAUAAUACCAUUUAAUGUAAUCAUUGAUAAUAUUAUUCGACUUAAUUCAGAAAAUCAAAACGAACUUCUGGUAGUUAAAAGAGAACUCAAAAAAUAUAAAAGCCUUAAACUUAGCCCUAAACAAGAAGAACAAUUACAAAAUUUAGAUAAUAUUUCAAAAGUAAAAGAAUUAUUACAGAAAAAUAAUUGUACAACAGGAGUUUCAAAGGAUGUAUUUUCCAAUAUCAGUAAAUCAGGAUCUAUAAUUCAGUCAAAUUCGUUAUCAAUGCAUGUACUUUCCGGAAAAAAUGUAUCAGCCAUAACAAAACAAUAUAAUCAAUAUUCUUACUCUUUAACUACAUUUGAUCCAUCUUUAAAAAAUUAUAACUUUAUACCAUCAUGUAAAUCCAUUAUAAAAUCAUUUCCUGUUGCAGGCAAUGUCACAAACAUCAUUCUCAUCAAAAUCCAGUGAUGAGGAUGCAAUAGAUCUAGACCCAAAUAGAAAUAAUUCCCAAAAAAAUAAUGUAGAAGAACAAAGCUUUGAGUGUGAUGCAUCUUGCAGUAAUAGUUCACAAGAUAUUGAAAGUUUAACUGAAUCUGACACUGAGAUGGAAACAGAAUCUGAUCUUGAUAUUCAUAACAGCAUUCAUAAAGGAAUUAUCAUUCAAAAAGAUUCUGAAAUUAUAGUUUUGAAAAAUGAACUCUGUCUCUAUAGUUAUAAAUAUUUAGUGGAACAACUCAAACAAGAUUUAAAUGAAAAAUGUGAAAGUUGUUAUUUAUAUUCUGAGGAAAUUAAAAACCUUCAAUUACGUACUAAAGAAACAGUGACAUUACAAUUAGAAAAAGAGUCACUUUUAAAAAAAAUAGAAGAAAUUGAACAAUUAACAGAAAAGGCAGAAAAGUAUAAUAUAACAAUAGAACAAUUAAAAAAUGUCUUAGAAGAAAGAGAUGACCUUGAAAAACAAAAUUAUGAACAGAAUUGUAUAUUAACAAAUCAAAAAGAGAAAUUAAAUCAAUUGUUGAAAGUGAUUAAAGAAUUAUCUAUUACAUAUAAUGAACAAAUGGAAACAAAGAAUAUGUUAGAAACUUUAAAAACUGAAAUUCAGGAUAAAGAUAUUAAAAUUUCUCAAUAUCAAGAGCAAUUAACUUCUACAAAACGAGAAAUUGGUGAUUUUUUCGUUAAUUUAAAAUAUAUUUUAAACAAUUUAGAAGAGUUUAAUGGUGUUUGUGAAGAAGUUUGUAAUUGUACAAAAUGUAAUUUGGAUAUUGGUGAGGAAGCAAAUAAUAUACUGUACAAUAUAAACAUUAUUAUAAAGAGAUUUCAAAGUUAUAAAAUAGAAAGUCAGAAUCUUUUACAACAAAUUGGAGAUUUAAAGCACAUAGGAAAUGAUCAACAAGAAAUUUAUUCUAAUCAAAAUUUAAAAUACAUGAUUUGUGAAAAGUUUUCUUGUGGCUCUGAAGUGAAUUUAAAUAACACAAUUGGGGACAAUGCGGUUGUAUUUAAUGUAAGGAAAGAUAUCAAUAAUUUAAAUAAAAUAAAAUUUGAUGACAUGUCUAACGUAGCUGGUAAUAUAAAUUUAUUAAGUGACAUAGCAAAUAAUUUGGAUUCUUAUGGAUUUCAAAAGGAAUGUCACAAAUACAGUAUUAAAUUAAAUAAGAAAAAUAACAUGGAUAAUAUAGAAAAAGAAAUCAUUGAAUAUUUUACACAUUUUUUAAUUAAGCUACGUUCCCUUACACAAAAGUUGCAGAUAUAUGUAGAAAUUGAACGUCCUAUAAUGAUUAAACAAACUUAUUACUUUUAUGAAAUUUUAAAAGAUACACAAUUAGCUAUUAAUGUUUCUCAAGAUGUAACUUUGAAGAAGAAACUAAUUUCUCAAUUAUAUAAUCAACACAAAGAAUAUAAGAAGCGUAAUUCUUAUAUUAAACAAUUUCCUAAUGACUUAUUACAAGUACAAAAUAAGAUACAUGAAUUUAUUGAAAACAUUUUGUAUCAGUUACUAAGUGAAAUAUUAGAUAUUGAAAAAAAAUAUUUAUAUGACAAAAAAAUUAAUAAAGCGAUUGAAACACAUUUGAAAUCUUGUAUUAAUAGAAUAAGUACAGCUCUACAAGGUGCUGGAGAUCAACAUGUACAAAUAGUAGAAACAAUAGAAGAACAAAAAGAAAAAUUAAAAAAAAAAGAUUUAGAAAUAACUCAAUUAAAAGAAGUGGCACAACAACAAAAAGGAAAAGGUGACUGUUUAAAUGAAAAAAAUUUUGAACUCAAAGAACAAUUAUUAAAAAUAACUAUGGAACUUAAUAAUAAAAAUGAUCUUAUAUUGAAAUUAGAAGAACAAUUUGAAAUACUUAAAAGUGAAUUAUUGACACAUGAUAAAAAUUAUAGUACAUUAACAAACGAAAAUAAAAAUUUAGAAAAUAUAAAAAAUAGAUUGUCAAAGGAAUGUCAAGAAAAUAAAAAACAGUUAAUAACGAAAACCAAAAAAAUUAAAAAUUUAUCGCAACAAGUCCAUGAAAUCCAUGAAAUUAAGAAUUUAAAAACUAUUUUAGAAAAUAAGAUUAAAGAAAUGGAAAAAAAAUUAAAUGAUUUACAAUUUGAGAAUAAUGAAUUAAAAAAGAGCAUUACUCAAUCCAAUAUAAUUAUUUCCACAAAGGAUGAAAAUAUAAUUAUCUUAAAAAAUAAAAUUGCUACAAGUAAUAAUAUUCUGUCACAAAAAAUUGCUGAAUAUGAAAAUAUAUUGGAAGAAAAACGUUAUGAAAUUAUAAAAUUAGAAGAUGAAAAUAAGUUAUUGAAUGAAAAAGUAAAAGAUAUUGAAUAUAAACUUACAGAAACGAAUCUAACAAUUGUAUCCUUAACUGAACAAAAUGAUAAAAUUAAUAUUAUAUACACAAUGCAAGAAGAUCUUACAAAAUUGAAUAAAAAUGAAAAGAAGCUAAAAAUUGAACUCAAUAAUUUGAGAACACAACUUAUAAAUGAUCAAAAUAAUAACAAAAAACUCGAUAAUAGUUUAGACAUAUAUCUACAUGAAAAUGAAAUUUUGGAAAAAAAUGUGGAAUAUUGGAAAAACGAAAACUCUGAAUUAUUAAUUAAAAUACAUGAUGAAAUAAUGGAAGAAAAUCUAAAAAACAAAUUAUAUACUCUUUCCAAUCAAAUAUAUGAAAGAUUACUAAGUCUUCAAAAGGAAACAAAUUUAGAAAAGGAUCCAUCAAAUAAUAAAUUAAUUGAAAAAUUACAAGAUCAAUGCAUAACUCAUCAAGAUCAAGUAAUAAAAUUAACUAUAGAUAAUACAAUUAAAGAUUUAAAAUUAGAGUCUAGAAAUGAAAAACGAGAAAUAAAAGAAAAUGAAAUAGAAGAAGUUGAUAUACAACUAUUGAAUAAUACAAAUGUAAAAGAAAUGUGUGAAGAUAAUUAUACAAAAGUUAAGCAAUUUAAUUCUCCUCAAAAUAAUAAUUUAAUGACAAAAUACAAGAUCAAAUUUUUUAAAAAUGAACAUAAUGAAAACCAAAAUGAAAUAAUGAAUACUGAAAUAGAACAUCCCAAAGAAAUUAUUAAACAUUUAAUACAAGAAAACGCUGAUCUUCGUGCUAUCCUUAAAUCUCAGAUGGAAGAAUAUCAAAACAAAUUAAUAUUAAUGAAAAAAAAUUACGACAGUAGUUUAAAUGCAGUUUCUGAAAGGCACAAAGCAAAUGUUGAAAUUUUACAAAAACAAUUUGAAGAUGACAUGAAGAGUGAAAAAAUAUUUGACUCAGAAAAUUGGUUACUAUCAUUAAGUAUGAAAGAAUUAAUAGAACUACAUAGACGAAUAACUGUAAUUAUAAACAAUAACACCAACAUAAUUCAUAUGGAAAAUGAAAGUCAAUGUUUAUAUACUAAUAAUGUUCAAGAGCAAUUUUAUACAAAAUUGAAUAAAACAGAAAAGAAAUUCCAAAUUUCACCCACAAAUGUGUAUGAAACAGAAUCAAUACAUAAAAAUAUAUCAAUUUUGAAAGAAAAAGAUUCACACUUACAAAAUAAAUGGCAAUUUAUUGAUUUAAAUAAUUCAAGUUUGGAACAUAAUUUUAGGUAAGUUAUUAAAUAUAUUAAUCUGCUUAUAAUUAUUACUAAAAAUUACAUCAUAAAAAUUAUAGAUACUUUAAUACAUUAUAGAUACUUUAAUAGUGAAGAAAAGUCUCCAGAAUUAGAAAACAAAUAUAAGAAAGAAAAACAAACAGAAGAAGAUUCUAUAGUAUAUUCUUAUAAAUCCAGACUUUUUUUAUUUUAAUUUGUUUAUUUUGUUCUAAUGAAUGCUUGUAUUUUCAGUUUGAUCGACAAAGAUGGAAUUUCAUUAAUCAAUGUAGUGCAUAUCACAAAUUAAGCAAUGUUUAUGAAUACAUUAGGACACUUCCUACAAAUUAA